AUGAGGCGGACCCGGCUGCGGCAGUACCCGGCGCUGCCCGUGUGCGUGGUGGAAGAUCACCAGCACGUCCUGCCGUAUAUAUACCGGGCUAUCGGCUCCAAGCACCUCCCGGCCAGCAACAUCAGCUUCAUGCACUUCGAUUCCCAUCCAGAUCUCCUCAUUCCUGUCAACAUGCCGGCAGAUACUGUAUUUGACAAGGAAGCUCUCUUCGGAGAGCUCAGCAUCGAGAACUGGAUCAUGCCCGUCGUCUACGCGGGUCACUUUUCUCAAGUCAUCUGGCUCCAUCCAACCUGGGCUCAGCAGAUCAGAGAAGGAAAACACCCCUUCUUAGUGGGGAAAAACAUUUCUACAACGACUCUCAGGGUGACAAGUCCGGAUCACUACUUCCUGAGUGACGGGCUCUACGUGGCCGAUGACCAGCUGGAGAACCCGAAGCUGCUCCGCCUGGAAGUGAUGGUGGUCGGGCCUUCUCCAGGGGCGCCCGGGGCUCCAGAGGAGAGGGCCGGCAGGGCGGCGCCCAAGAGACCCAAGCUGGACCUGGGUCCUGCUGCCGACCGCGCCACCUCCUCCCACUCCGGGGACUGCACCACUGCAGACCAUGCUUCCUCUUCCUCCGACUCCAGGGACUGCACCACUGCAGAUCAUGCUUCCGCCUCCUCUGGCCCCAGGGACUGCACCACUGAAGACCAUGCCUCCUCCUCCUCAUCCUCCUCUGGCUCCAGGGACAGCACCACUGCAGACCGCACCUCCUCUAGUACCAGGGACUGCAUCACUACAAACUGCACCUCCUCCUCCUCUGGCUCCAGGGACUGCACCUCCUCCUCCUCCAGCACCGCGAAUGGUGCCUUCUCCAAGGCUGGGAGCUGCCCCACUGCAGGUCUCACCUUCUCCGGCGCUGGCACCUCCACAGACGCUGCCUCCUCUGACAACUGCGCUGCUGUAGAGUGCCCCGCUGCAGCCUGCACCUCCUCUGGGGCCAGGGGCCUGCCUCGCAGCAGCUCAAAGGCAGCAGCGAGCAGGGAGGCCGCGCGGGUUGGGGGAGCUGCCGAGGAGGCCUCGGGAUCCCACCGCUGUCCAGGAAGGCCCAGGCGCGGGGCUGCAGACAUCGGUCAGGAGGUAGCGCACAUCCUCCAGGAGGGGGAUGCGUUCAUUUUAGACGUGGACUUGGAUUUUUUCUCGGUGAAGAAUCCCUUCAAGGAAAUGUACACAAAGGAAGAAUACAGGCUCUUACAAGAGCUGUACAACUUUAAGAAGCUGGAGGCGGGCGCAACAGAGGAGGACUUGGUAGAUUGCGUGGAAAAUCGGAUCCAGCAACUGGAAGAUUUAGAAGCUGCAUUUGCCGAUUUAUGCGAAGGUGAUGAUGAAGAGACUGUGCGAACUUGGGCGAAGAACCCCGGCAUGCAAUCACUAGUUCCACUUGUGCAGAGUUUGAAGAGCAGAAUGAGCCUCCCCGACUAUGAAAUGGUUCAUCAAGCUGGACUGACGUGUGAUUAUUCUGAGCCUCCUCACCACAUCAGAACUGAAGAGGAGAUUGAGGGUCUGGUCCAGUCUAUCUGGCAGUUACUGAAACAGUUACCCAAGCCGACCCUCGUGACUAUCGCUCGGUCGAGCUUAGAUGACUACUGCCCUCCUGAGCAAGUAGACACCAUCCAGGAGAAAGUCCUUAAUGCACUGUACUCCCUUUAUGCGGCCGUAGAGGUGCAUUUGGAAUAUUCAACCAACCCCUCUCCAGAUUCAGACCCAACCCCUCAAUCCCCCCCGGCCACCGCCAUACCUGUGGUCUGAGGACCCACGGCCCCCCUCCCUCCUCUCCCAAGCCCAAAAGCUCCUCGGGGAUGGGGGCCGAGGGGGGCAGGGAAUGUGUUGCUGAAGCCCGAGGGCUCAGUUUCUCCAUACUCACCAGCUCUGGUAGGUUUCCCCCUCUCCUUGCAGUCAGUAUACACGGUGCCUAAAUACACUUUCACUCUAAGGUCUGUAGGGGGCUGACCGGUGCCCUGCUGAUUUCUUGGUUGUGCUGCUCUCCUGCCAGGGUGGGGAGGAAGCUGGAGGAGGCAGUCCAUCGUGCUCUGCGCUGGCCAGACCCUCGCUGUGCCCAGGACCAGCAGGCCCCCGCCGCCCCUCGCGUCCAAGAGCCCAUUUCCCAUUAACGGAGGGCUGUGCUUGGGACCGUGGGAAAAUAGGAAGCCGGGACGGAUGCUCUGUGUUGGACUCUGCCCGGUUUAUUCCCCACACCAUGCUCAGUGCCUGCUACAGUGCGCUGCCCAUGGUAACGCUCACUAAAUACCAUUAUUGGUAUUGUUUUCCAACCCAAUUUUCUUGUAUUCACCCCAGUCCUUAGUACAGUGCCUGGCACACAGUAAGCACUUAAAUACUACAGGUAUUAUUAUUGGUAGUCAUGUGGCCAUAGACCUUUUCAGAUUUCAAACUUCUUGGUAUCUAGAACUUAACACUGGCCCCCAAUCACAUUUUGGCCUUCAAUUUUGGUUGUGGAGUAUCCCAACUGCCAUUACUGCCACGCCUGACUAGUGAAACCGGCUGAAUUCAUCAUAAUCGAUGGUGAUUGUUAGCAACAUUUAAUGAGGGCUUACCUUGAGCACUAGUAAGGGAAGAAAAAUGACUCACAUGGAUCCGUUUCCUCUUCUCAAUUUACCAAUGUUGUCGUUCUCACCUAUAAAUCGCUGUUUUUCAGAG